AUGGAACAUAAAACAGCCAUUCUGGCAAAGGAAUUUCGUCGCUAUGACAUUGAUAUUGUUGCUUUAAGUGAAACCCAUCUGUUGGAUGAAGGAAAACUUGAGGAAGUCGGUACAGGUUACACAUUCUUUUGGAAAGGACGUCCUUCAAAUGCGACACGACAAUUGGGUGUAGGUUUUGCUGUCAAAUCCUCCUUGGUGGGUAGUCUCGACAACCUACCAAGGGGAAUAAAUGAUCGUUUAAUGACACUUCGCCUAUCUCUUUCUGGUGGUCAAUUUCUAACCUUGGUCAGUUCAUAUGCUCCAACGAUGAACGCCUCCGAAGAAAUCAAAGAGAAAUUCUAUGAUGAUUUGAGUAACAUUAUUGGUGCUGUGCCAAAGGACAAACUGCUCGUCCUAGGUGAUUUCAAUGCUCAAGUUGGUAGCAAUCAUUGCACAUGGAAAAAUGUGCUUGGUAAACACGGCAUUGGAAGAGAGAACAAUUCAGCCAGCAACCUGGAUGCAUUAUGGUCAAGUUUACACUCAGUUGUUCACAACGGUUCUUAUGAACUACUUGGCAAGCCUAAUAGGAAGCACCAGGAUUGGUUUGAUCAAAAUGACACUGUCAUCAGCCAUCUCCUUGAUGAUAUGCAUCGCUUGCAUCAUGUCUGGUUAUCAGAUAAACGCAAUCAAAGCACUGCUGAUGCCUACCAUCAUGCAAGAAAAGCAGCAAGAGCUAGGAUCUCUGUAAUGAAGAACAAAUGGUGGUUACAGAAGGCAGAACAGCUUCAGUUAGCUGCUGACCAGCAUAACUCUAGUGGCUUCUAUCAAGGCCUAAAAGAGGUGUUUGGGCCAAGUGUAAAGACAAUCGCACCUCUACAAUCUGUUGACAACUCCAGGCUUCUCUAUGGACGACGAGAAAUUUUGACUCGUUGGGCUCAGCAUUUUGCAAGCAUCUUGAAUCAUCCAACAUUUAUUUCACAAGAAGCUAUUGACAGAAUUGAUGAACAGCCUGAUCUAGUUGUAGCUUGUAAACCACCAUCUAACAAUGAGAUAAAUAAAGCUAUCAGGAAAAUGUCAAGGAAUAGAUCUCCUGGUGCUGAUGGCCUACCUGCUGAAAUUUUUCAACAUGGAGGAGAACUGCUGUUGUUCAAACUAGGUGAUUUCAUUCGUCUAUGCUGGGAACUCGAAGAUGUACCCCAGAACUCUAAAGAUGCCAACAUAAUCCAUCUAUACAAGAAAAAAGGUAGUCAAUCUGACUGCAACAAUCACCGUGGGAUCUCUUUGUUGUCUGUUGCUGGCAAAAUUAUGGCCAGAGUUCUUCUUGAUCGUCUUGUCUCAAACUUUUCAGAGAGUAUCCUUCCUGAAAGCCAAUGUGGUUUUCGUUCAGGUCAUGGUACGUCCGACAUGAUCUUUUCAGCCAGGCAGCUUCAAGAAAAGUGUCGUGAACAGCACAUGGAUCUAGUUAUGGUCUUUAUAGACUUGGUCAAAGCGUUUGACUCGGUUGAUAGAACUGGCUUAUGGAAAGUCCUUUAG